AUGUUCCUCUCAGCUGCUGUUGGCAUACUCGUUGACCAGGUUCACAUGGGGUGGGACGAUCCAAUCAGCAAGUACAUCCCGGAGUUCAAGCGAGCCAACGAUCCCAGGGAUUGCGAAGAGAUCACGAUUCGUCAGGCAUUGCUGCAUUCGAUUGGCUUGGGCCGUCCGCAAACCCUCCUGCUUGGCCCGAAUGGAUAUUUUCUUGGGGACGAAGUGACCUUUGUACGCGUACUGAGAGGCACGCCAAGGCUGGAUGAUGAUCGGGACCAAGCUGUUGACGCUGAUAGCGACGUGGUGCCACACUCCGAAUCCGGCGCAGAUGAGCCUCGAAAAGAAGAAAAAGGAGACGUACCAAGAGAAGCACCUAUAGGAGCACGUCAAGAGACAUUCGAAGGCACAGUCGAAGGAGGAUCUGACCGGGUUGACGAGGGCCAUGAGCGGGGCUAUGCAGAGGGCCAUGCGAAGCAAGUUGAAAAGAGGAGCGACGAAGCACUCCACGAGGAACAGCGCCCACGAAAGAGAUCCAAAGGCGCACAAGAAGACCAGGAAGAGGGACCCACGAAAGAGGGCCCAACAGACACCCCAGGUCCGCAACCCGUGUACAACAACCUCCUAUACGGCCUCAUAGCCCUGGCGGUCCAAAACGCCUCAGGACAACGCUAUUCGGAUUUCGUGCAAGAGAACAUCCUGGAUCCCCUCGAUAUGCGACACACAGUCGUGAAUCGAAGCAAGCUGGAGAGCAACCUUAACGUCGCGCAUGGCUACGCCCAACUGCAAGACGGCUCGUACACCAGAGUCGCCACGGAGGACUACACCGACGAAAACCACGCGCCUAUCCUGGGAGCAGCUGGGAUCAGGAGCUCCGUGAAUGACAUGCUCGAAUGGACAUCGACUCUCCUACGGGCAUAUCAUGCUCCGACGGAGGAUUCGGUCGUACGGGAAAUACCCACCCUCUGGAAGUCUCAACGCGAUAUCGACGGCAAAGUCUCGUACGCCCUAGGAUACUAUUGCGGUUACCUCCCAGUCGCUACAAUAGGGGGCAACGGGAUCAACUGUCGGACAGAGGAACGAGACCCGAGUUUCUUCGACGCUCACACCAUCGGGCGUGAUUCGCCAAGGCGGUUCUUCAUAGGGCACAAUGGCGUGUGGAGUGGAUAUGCAUCCGCCGUCUUCAUGUUCCCAGAAACCAAGAGUGCCGUCAUGGCGCUGGCUAACGGCUUGAACCUGAGCGACGCGGCCGACUGGUCAGCCAAGAUACUGACGCAAGCGCUGUUUGAUAUGAAGCCGCACGUGGACCUCCUACCGCUCGUCAAGAGAGAGGCAGGCGCAUGGUACCGAGUGUUCUGCGAAAUGCUUAUCGAGUGGCUCGAGCACCGCAGCGUCCCGGACCGGGAGGCCGACCUCCACGAGUACAUCGGGAAGUAUGAGGGGUUCGGCACCCGGAUCACCAUCUUUCUCCAGGAAGAAACAGGUCGCUUGGCGGUGAUGUUCAACUCGUGCCGCAAAUGGACAUGUGACCGGGAGCUAUACAAUAAGGAUGUUUACAGCUUCUUGCCGCUUACGCGCGAUCAGAUGCUGACAAAGGGCAUGGUGGAUUGGGAUGACUACAACGUGGGCCUGUUGCAUUUCCAGCGUGGUCCGACGGAGGAGGUACAUCGGCUGUGCUGGAUGUAUGAUGCCACCGAGCCUUAUGCGAACUUUGAAAAGGUCUGA